AUGGCUAGAUCCUCUAACAACUCCAUCAAACAUUAUGUCCGCUCCACCUAUGCGCAUCAGGUCUUCAACACUGAGCAGGAACGCUUGCCAAAGACACAAACAACAGGCUGGGCCCCUAUUACCUUCUGCGAGGAGGAGGAGUGUGGCGUUAUCCUCCCUCAUGAUGACCCAAUCAUUAUCCGCGCUGACAUCUCUAAUUUCGACGUUGGGCGCAUCUUGGUAGACAUUGGCAGCUCGGUCAGUGUGAUGUUUGUUGAUGCCUACAACGAGCUCCAGCACCCCACAGCCUACAACGUUAUCCUUGGGCGCCCUGCCAUGGCCCAAAUGAAGGUUUUCAUCCCCAUGGCAUGGGCAUGGGGUGAGGCCCUAGCGGUAACCCGGGCCCCAGCCCCACCUCGAGCUGGCACUGAGCGCCCAGAAGACCCUAGGGAGGAAUCUAUCACCCAACAUGCCGAACCUGUGGAGGACCUCGAACUGGUGACUCUCCAUGAGGACAUCCGGGAUCGACAGGUCAAGAUCGGCACCUCCCUCUCACAAGAGCUUCGCUAUGAUCUUGUUGCCUUCCUCUGCCUCAACUCUGAGGUCUUUGCUUGGUCUUACAACGAUAUGCCAGACAUAUCACCUGAUGUCAUCUCUCAUAGGCUAAGCAUUAAUCCUGCCGUCCAACCCGUUCGGCAGAAGCGUAGUGCUUAUGACCCGGAACGGUAUGAGGCCAUGAAGGCGGAAGUGGAUAAGUUGAGCACCAUUGGAUUCAUCAAGGAGGUGGAUUAUCCCACCUGA